AGGUUUUGAGAUUUUUCCUUGCCGCAUUUCCUCUCCUCCCCCUUUCCCCCUCCCCUUUCCUUCCACCCCACGCCCGCCCCCGCCCCCGCCCCCGCCCCAGCUCGAGCGCGCACGCGCACGCGCAAACCCUAGCCUCCGGUCGCCCCCCCUCUCUCGCCAGCUCGGCGCGCCGGCAGCUCGGGCGUUCAUGCGGGGCGGCCUCUGAGAGCGAGCGAGCGCGCGCGCAGAUCCAGCAGGCGCCCCGGCGAGAUGGCGAGGGCGGAGGCCAACUGGGAGCGCCUGGUGCGGGCGGCGCUCCGCGGGGACCGGAUGGGCGGCGUCUACGGGGUCCCCGCCAGCGGCAUCGCCGGGAACGUCCCCUCCUCGCUCGGCAACAACACCCACAUCGACGAGGUGCUCCGCGCCGCCGACGAGAUCCAGGACGAGGACCCCACCGUCGCCAGGAUUCUGUGUGAGCACGCAUAUGCCCUCGCCCAAAAUCUGGAUCCAAAUAGCGAAGGGAGAGGUGUGCUUCAGUUCAAGACCGGUUUAAUGUCAGUAAUCCGGCAAAAACUAGCUAAGAGGGAAGGUGGUGCUAUAGACCGAAGUCAGGAUAUAGCUAAACUGCAAGAAUUUUAUAAGCUCUACAGAGAAAGACAUAAAGUUGACGAGUUGUGUGACGACGAAAUGAAGCUGAGGGAAUCUGGUGUGUUCAGCGGUAACCUUGGAGAGCUGGAGCGCAAAACACUGAAGCGCAAAAAAGUACUUGCAACUCUCAAGGUCUUAUGGUCAGUAAUAGAGGAUAUAACAAAGGAAAUUUCCCCUGAGGAUGCAGCAAAUUUGAUUUCUGAAGAGAUGAAAAAAGUCAUGCAAAAGGAUGCGGCAAGGACAGAGGAUGUUGUGGCGUAUAAUAUCAUUCCUCUAGAUUCCUUGUCUACAACUAACCUAAUUGUCAAUUUUCCAGAGGUGAGGGCAGCAAUAUCAUCUUUGCAGUACCAUAGGGAUCUGCCCAGGCUUCCGAAUACCAUUUCAGUUCCUGAUGCUAGGAAUUCUGAUAUGCUGGACCUUUUGCACUGCGUGUUUGGUUUUCAGAAAGACAAUGUGAGCAAUCAACGGGAGCACAUUGUUCACCUGUUGGCAAAUGAGCAGUCUCGAUUAGGCAAACUAUCAGGGAGUGAACCGAAAAUUGACGAGGGUGCUGUACAUGUUGUGUUUUCCAAGUCCCUGGAUAACUACAUAAAAUGGUGCAACUAUUUACCACUACGCCCUGUCUGGAAUAACAUUGAAUCAUUGACCAAAGAAAAGAAGUUGCUAUAUGUUUGUUUAUACUACUUGAUCUGGGGAGAGGCUGCCAACGUACGAUUUCUUCCAGAAGGCUUAUGCUACAUAUUUCAUCAUCUAGCAAGAGAACUAGAGGUGAUUAUGCAGAAACAGACUGCUGAGCCAGCUGGAAGCUGCAUUUCUAAUGAUGGCGUAUCAUUUCUUGACCAAGUCAUUUAUCCUCUAUAUGAAAUCGUUGCAGCUGAAGCAGGCAACAAUGACAAUGGGCGGGCAGCACAUUCUGCAUGGAGAAACUACGAUGAUUUCAAUGAGUUCUUCUGGUCUGAGAAAUGUUUUCAGCUGGGUUGGCCGUGGAAACUGAGUAACCCAUUCUUCUCAAAGCCUAAUAGGAAAGAGCAGGGCUUGAUAAGUAGGAAUCAUCAUUACGGAAAGACAUCUUUCGUGGAGCACAGAACUUUUCUGCAUCUUUACCAUAGCUUUCACCGCCUCUGGAUGUUCCUACUAUUGAUGUUUCAGGGACUUACUAUCAUUGCUUUUAACAAUGGCAAUUUUGACACAAAUACUGUAUUGGAACUUCUUAGCCUUGGCCCAACUUAUAUCAUAAUGGAAUUUAUUGAGAGUGUAUUGGACAUUCUAAUGAUGUAUGGCGCCUAUUCAACAUCUCGUGGUUCUGCAAUUACUAGAGUGAUCUGGCGAUUCUGUUGGUUUACUGCGUCUUCACUGGUCAUCUGUUACCUAUAUAUCAAGGCACUUCAAGAUGGGGUGCAAUCUGCACCUUUUAAGAUUUAUGUUGUUGUAAUCAGCGCGUAUGCGGGUUUCCAGAUAAUCAUCAGCCUACUCAUGAGUGUUCCCUGCUGCCAUGGUUUUACCAAUGCUUGCUACAGCUGGUCUUUUGUACGCCUUGCCAAGUGGAUGCAUCAGGAACACAAUUAUGUUGGAAGAGGCUUGCAUGAAAGGCCUCUAGAUUAUAUGAAAUAUGUCGCUUUCUGGCUUGUUAUUUUUGCUGCGAAAUUUUCAUUCACCUAUUUCCUCCAGAUCAAACCUCUUGUAAAACCAACAAGACUGAUAAUCAGUUUCAAAGGCUUACAGUAUCAAUGGCAUGACUUUGUCUCAAAGAAUAACCAUAAUGCGAUUACAAUCCUUGCUUUAUGGGCUCCAGUGGCCACAAUUUAUCUUUUGGACAUCCAUGUUUUUUACACUAUCAUGUCUGCUAUUGUUGGAUUCCUCCUUGGUGCACGUGAUCGCCUGGGAGAGAUUAGAUCUGUUGAAGCAGUUCACAGGUUCUUUGAGAAGUUCCCUGAAGUAUUCAUGGAUAAACUUCAUGUUGCUGUUCCAAAAAGGAAACAACUGCUAUCAUCUGGUCAGCAAGCAGAGCUAAACAAGCUUGAUGCAUCUAGAUUCGCUCCUUUCUGGAAUGAAAUUGUGAAGAAUUUGCGGGAAGAGGACUACAUUAGUAACACUGAACUGGAUUUACUCUUGAUGCCCAAGAAUAUAGGCGGUCUUCCAAUUGUGCAGUGGCCACUUUUUUUGCUUGCCAGCAAGGUUUUCUUGGCCAAAGAUAUUGCAGUUGAUUGCAACGACCCACAAGAUGAACUCUGGCUAAGGAUCUCAAAGGACGAAUAUAUGCAAUAUGCUGUCGAGGAGUGCUUUCAUAGCAUCAAGUAUAUCCUGUCAUCUAUUCUAGAUAAAGAAGGCCAUCUCUGGGUGCAAAGGAUUUUUGAUGGUAUUCAAGAAAGCAUUUCAAAGAACAACAUCCAGAGUGAUAUUCAUUUCAGCAAAUUGCCUAAUGUCAUUGCCAAGCUUGUUGCUGUAGCGGGAAUACUGAAAGAAACGGAAUCCGCUGAUAUGAAGAAGGGGGCAGUUAAUGCGAUUCAAGAUCUAUAUGAAGUUGUUCAUCACGAAGUGCUUUUUGUUGAUUUGAGUGGUAACAUUGACGAUUGGAGUCAGAUAAAUAGAGCAAGAGCCGAAGGCCGCCUCUUCAACAAUCUCAAGUGGCCAAAUGAACCUGGAUUGAAGGACAUGAUCAAACGAUUGCAUUCACUUCUGACCAUCAAGGAAUCAGCUGCAAACGUUCCUAAAAACCUGGAAGCCAGCCGGAGACUGCAGUUCUUCACAAACUCCCUGUUCAUGCAAAUGCCUCUUGCAAGGCCUGUUUCAGAAAUGCUUUCCUUUAGCGUAUUUACUCCAUAUUACUCUGAGACUGUGCUUUAUAGCAUCGCUGAACUCCAAAAGAAAAAUGAAGAUGGUAUAUCUACACUGUUUUAUCUUCAGAAGAUUUAUCCAGAUGAAUGGAAGAACUUCCUUACUCGCAUCAACAGGGAUGAAAAUGCAGCAGACACCGAACUUUUUAGCAGUGCGAAUGACAUAUUAGAACUUCGGCUAUGGGCAUCUUACCGCGGGCAAACAUUAGCGCGAACAGUUCGUGGAAUGAUGUACUACAGGAAGGCCCUUAUGUUGCAAAGUUAUUUGGAGAGAAUGCAUUCUGAAGACCUCGAAUCUGCAUUUGAUAUGGCUGGUCUGGCUGACACACAUUUUGAGUACUCCCCUGAAGCUCGCGCACAGGCUGAUUUGAAAUUUACGUAUGUGGUUACCUGCCAAAUAUAUGGAGUGCAGAAAGGAGAAGGGAAACCAGAAGCUGCAGAUAUAGCCCUUCUGAUGCAAAGAAAUGAAGCUCUCAGAAUUGCUUACAUUGAUGUUGUUGAGAGCGUUAAGAAUGGAAAGCCUAGCACUGAGUAUUACUCAAAGCUUGUUAAAGCUGACAUCCAUGGAAAGGACAAGGAAAUUUAUUCUGUUAAAUUGCCCGGCAAUCCAAAGCUUGGGGAGGGUAAACCCGAAAAUCAAAACCAUGCUGUAAUAUUCACUCGUGGAAAUGCCGUACAAACCAUUGAUAUGAAUCAGAUACAUCAUCCAUUUCGGAGCCAAAGCAGAAAAAGGGAUGAAUCCUGGCUAAGCUUGCCAAACUCCCGACUAAUGUCGAAGCAAUCAUCAAUGAUCGACACUGCCACAGAGGGGGGAUUCAAGCUCACUUCUUGUGCGAUCAGUGAGGACAACUAUUUCGAGGAGGCACUCAAAAUGAGAAAUCUGCUUGAGGAAUUCUCUCAAAAUCAUGGCAAGUUCAGGCCUUCAAUUCUUGGUGUUAGAGAACAUGUCUUCACCGGAAGUGUUUCCUCCCUCGCUUCGUUUAUGUCAAAUCAAGAAACUAGUUUUGUGACAUUAGGACAGCGUGUUCUUUCUAAUCCACUGAAAGUGAGAAUGCAUUAUGGUCACCCAGACGUGUUUGAUAGAAUAUUUCAUAUUACGAGGGGUGGCAUAAGUAAGGCGUCCCGUAUCAUCAAUAUCAGCGAGGAUAUAUUUGCAGAACAUGAUGGUACACAGCUACAUGAUGGUACACAGCUACAUGAUGGGUUUAACUCUACUCUACGUCAAGGGAACAUAACUCACCAUGAGUAUAUCCAGGUUGGUAAAGGAAGAGAUGUUGGGCUUAAUCAGAUCGCACUAUUUGAAGGAAAAGUUGCGGGAGGAAACGGCGAACAAGUUCUUAGCAGAGAUAUAUACAGACUUGGGCAGCUUUUUGAUUUUUUCAGGAUGUUAUCCUUCUAUGUGACUACUGUUGGGUUUUACUUCUGUACUAUGCUAACUGUACUGACAGUGUACAUAUUUCUCUAUGGUAAAACUUAUCUGGCUUUAUCUGGUGUUGGAGAAUCAAUUCAAAAUAGGGCGGAUAUACAGGGAAAUAAAGCAUUGAGCGUGGCUCUGAACACCCAGUUUCUUUUCCAGAUUGGUGUGUUUACUGCAAUUCCUAUGAUUCUAGGUUUCAUCCUGGAAGAAGGUGUCCUGACGGCUUUUGUUAGCUUCAUUACUAUGCAGUUCCAACUAUGCUCCAUAUUUUUCACGUUCUCUCUUGGAACAAGGACUCACUAUUUUGGUCGCACAAUACUGCAUGGAGGUGCAAAGUAUAGAGCAACUGGUAGGGGUUUUGUGGUACGGCAUAUUAAGUUUGCUGAGAAUUACCGUCUUUAUUCCCGAAGCCAUUUUGUGAAAGGGCUGGAGGUUGCACUUCUGUUGGUUAUCUUUUUAGCUUAUGGUUUUAACAACAGUGGAGCAAUUGGCUAUAUCUUACUUUCCAUAAGUAGCUGGUUUAUGGCUCUUUCUUGGCUUUUUGCUCCAUAUGUAUUCAACCCUUCUGGAUUUGAAUGGCAAAAGGUCGUCGAGGAUUUCAGAGACUGGACAAACUGGCUUUUUUACCGAGGUGGUAUUGGGGUUAAAGGAGAAGAAAGCUGGGAAGCUUGGUGGGAUGAAGAACUGGCACAUAUUCACACCUUCCGCGGGAGGAUACUGGAAACUAUACUUAGUUUAAGAUUUUUUAUUUUCCAGUAUGGAGUUGUUUACCACAUGCAUGCAGGCAAAGAAAGUACAUCAUUAUCGGUAUAUUGGGUUUCAUGGGCAGUGCUUGGAGGGCUUUUUGUCCUCCUAAUGGUAUUUAGUUUAAACCCCAAGGCCAUGGUUCAUUUCCAGUUGCUCCUGCGUCUGGUCAAAAGCAUUGCACUGUUAGUGGUUUUGGCAGGUUUGGUUGUGGCAAUUGCGAUGACACCCCUCACUGUUUUAGAUGUACUUGCUUCCAUCCUAGCAUAUGUGCCUACUGGAUGGGGAAUUCUUUCGAUUGCUGUGGCAUGGAAACCAAUUGUGAAGAGAUUUGGUUUGUGGAAAAUAGUGCGCUCGCUGGCUCGUCUGUAUGAUGCUGGCAUGGGAAUGAUCAUUUUUGUGCCCAUAGCCAUCUGCUCCUGGUUUCCCUUCAUCUCCACCUUCCAGACACGGCUACUGUUCAACCAGGCUUUCAGCAGAGGUUUGGAGAUUUCUCUCAUCCUGGCUGGCAACAAUCAGAAUGCAGGCAUAUGAUGGUGGCAUCAUCCAUUUUUUGAAUCCUCACCCAGAUCAUGCACCUUCGUAGUUAGUUGAUCCCCGGUUCUGAGUUAGCAGCAGAUGUAUAUAUCUUCGUGUUGACUGGCAGUUAUUUGCUAUGGCUGUAUAUGUAUAUCGCCUGCGACAUUUUUUGCACUCAUGAUAGUUAUAGGAGGUGGUGUUAUUGGAGCGGGUGCUGAAUCAUUGUUAAAAUAGCUUGUUUACUUAUGUUAGUUUGUUUAGAUAA